UUUGAUACCAUUAUACUGUACACAAUACGUACUUGUCUAACUAAUCUGGUUUAAAUGUUUAUUCAUAAAACAUAUGCGCGUUUGUCCUUAAAAAUCACGUUUACAAAGAAUAACCUUGAAGAAGGUCGACUGUAUCGAGCUUAAUAUUGGUUUGUUAUACUGCUAGUUUUAUAAAGUUAGUAAGCGUUGUUUUAUGAAUUUGGCUAGAUAUUUAGAGAUCUAAUGGAGGAAGUCGAUGGCGCAAAAGCUUCAUUUCUUGAACAAAGAGAUCUUCAAAAGGGUUUGCCUGCCAACCUUUGUCAGCCGUGUUUAAAUGAAGGUAUUGAGGUCAGCACUCAUAGAUUAUGUGUAGAAUGCAACGAAUACCUUUGCACGUCGUGUAUAGAAGCUCACAGUAGAUUUAGUACGACAAAGACCCAUCAUCUAAAGGAAAAUAAGUUGGACUUUAAGUUGGACUUUAAUUUCAAUCAAAACAUGAACGCUGGAAGAUGUUUUUACCAUACGGAUAAAUAUCUCGACCACUUUUGUGUUCCACAUGAUGAAUUUAGUUGCGUCUCUUGUUUGAACAUAAGGCAUCGGUCAUGUACGCAGAAGCUAAGUAUAAAUGAAAUGGCAGCUGAAAUUACAGAGGAGGAUUUAGCCGAUGUUUGAGAAAGAAAAGAAAAGUGCUUACGUAAGAUAAAUGAAGUAAAAGAAAAAAGCACAAAAUGCAUUGCUAUGUUAGAUGUUAAAAACGAGAUGCAUUGAGUUUCCUCGAGUCAUUUCGAACUGACAUGCUUGCUGCUAUCAAUAACAUUUGUGAAAAUAGUACUGUAACUUUAGAAAAGAAAUAUACAACGAUUCGGUCAAAAUUAGAAGCUGAUUUGAAAAUAUGUAGUGACAUGGAAAACAGUUUAGAGAAGAGAAACAUUGCUUUCAAAUUCAAAGAGACAGCUACGCAGUUUAUCAAUAUGAGGAAACUAUUGAGACUAACAAAUAUGACAGAGGCGACUGCAGAAGCAAUGGCUAAUGACAUCGACAUAAAGUAUUUCAAACUAAUGAGGAGUUCACUGUGUUUAAAAAUCUUGAAACAACCAGAACUGCUUAUUGAAUUUGCAGACCAUAUCCGUAUUUAUGAAGAAACUGAACGAUCUUACACUCUCCAUCAGGUUGCUAUUAAACAUUCUGAUAUAGAUAUAAAUAUAGAGUUACACAGAAGUGUGUACAAACAAUCCUCCCGAUUGAUGAUACCGCUCGAAAAGUCAGUACUUGUUUAUGAUACAAUGAGAAAAGUAUCUCAAGAGAUUGAAUUUCCGGAUCUGGUAUCUUCCGUAGAGACAGUGAAUAAUAAUGUUUGCGGUGCAUUACCUAACAAGGGUGUAGUUGUUUGUCCAACCGAAAACAAGAAGAUGCGGAUGGUACUAAAGACGCAUGAGUCAUGCAUAGGAAUAGUUAAAUCGUCUGGCUUAUUUGGUUGCUUUUAUGUCACUGUCCGUCUUGAAAAAGUUGGCCAACUUCGUAAAUAUACAUCUGAAGGAAAACUGGAUGAUGUACUAAAAUCAAACGAGAAAGGUGACACUGUAUUUACGUAUGAAAUCGGGGAAGUUAAAUUAUCAAAAGAUGAAAAGAAGAUAUAUGUUGUUGAUACCGUAACUGGAAUAGUGAUAGUUUCUGUAAAACCAUUCAGUCUAAUGAAAAUCAUUUCUAACGUCAAAAAACCGAUAGGCAUUGCUUUGAUUCAGGCAGAAAGCAUGUUUAUUUUGCUUUCCGACGGUAAGGUCACACAAACGAUAGAUGAUGGAAAAACGUUCUACACAGUCAUUGAAAAGGGCAAUAUAGGGGAAAAGUAUCAUUCAAUCUGCUGGGAUGGAUUCGAUACUAUAUUUGUAAUUUGUUCACAGGAUAGCACCCUGUAUAUACAGCACCAUCAACUGAAUUUUAAAAAAGAAUACUGAGCAUCUUAUUUUCAAGGACAUGGUUUGAAGAAAAGAAAUAGUAUCAUUUAAUACAAAUCCUUGCUCUAUAAUAUGUGAUAAACCAGGUAAAUGUCAUGGAACUGAAAUAGGUCCUUUUGUCAAUCUAAAUUGAUUACUAGACAGGCACAGUAUGAUUCGACGAGGAAACGUUCAGAAUUAACUGAUAACAUUUUUUCUGUUCACUAGAUUUGAAUGACAGUUAUAUAAAAUGUUUUAUGUGCAUAUUCACACUAAUACUGACAUGCCUAUCAUUAAAAGAGGACUUAAGUCUUCUGGAAACACAUUUAUUCAUCAUAUUUUUUCCAUCUGCAUCGUAGCACAAAGAUUGGUAUAUGCUUUAUUUUGUUCUAUAUCUGUAAUGAAAGUAUUAUAAAUUAUUAAAGAUU